AUGGGUCGGCGACCUGCGGGGGCGCUAGCGGCCCCGAUGCCCUCACCGAAGCGGCCGCAGCGUGCGCCGGCCUUGGGGACGGCGGCGCCAGGCGGUCCCCAGGAGCAGCGGCUCGCGCAUCUCUCUGAGACGGAGCGCAAGGCGUACGAUGCCAUCUGGAGGAAGGGGGAUAUGGGGAUGUGGACGGCCGACCUCAAGGCUGAGAUGGGUCUCGCCGGCAACAUGCCCACCAAGAUCAUCAACGCCCUCAAGGGCAAGGGCCUCAUCAAGGACGUCGUCAACUACCGCAACCGCGGCCGCAAGAUGGUCAUGGCUGCCGAGUUUGAGCCCAAUAAUGAAAUCUCGGGCGGCUCCUGGUACGUAGACGGCGACCUGGACGUUGAGUUCAUCAGCGUGCUCCGGCCGCUGUGCCGCCGGGCAGUGGAGAACGGCCCGGGCGGCGUGGCCACUCUGGAGUCGAUUGCGAGUUCCAUCCGGGAUUCGAGGGCCUUCAAGGUGGACUGUAGCGUGCAGCAGAUCGGAGAGAUCAUGGGCGCCUUGGUUCUGGACGGGGAAGUGCUGGAGGUGACGAGCACCGGGAAAGGGGAAUUCGUCGGGCUGCCGCCGGGGAAGAAGUGCUACAGAUGCCCGAGGGAGGGCGGUGGGGGGCCGAAGAUGGGAGCCUUCGGCUCAAUACCCUGCGGAGUCUGCCCCAGGAUCGCCGAGUGCACGCCGGAUGGGGUGAUCUCUCCGAAGAAUUGCGUCUACUACGACAAAUGGCUGAGCUCGUUGGAAUUCUAG